GUCCUGAGAAGAGCUCGAAAGGUGAAGGUGUAGUCGUAGUGUGGCAAAGGUGCAAAGCGGAGGGGUGGGACCUCCUGGGUUUUCUUUUUAUAUUCGGAAAGGUCGUGAUGUUGACUGCCCGAAUCGGCAUGCGAAAUGCAGGACAGCAAUGAUCAUCAUGUCAGAGAUAUGACGACCUCAAUAGUCUUGCGCAGGUGUGCUGGAUCCAGGGUCAUAUGCUGAACUGAGUCAUGAAGCUGCUGACGAUGGCGAUUAUGAUGUCGGCGGCAUGUUCCCUGCCGAAACCAAGCAAAGUAGUGGGGGGUCCAACAGGGAUGGGCAUGGAGGGGUUCGGGUUUCGUGUAAUUGUCCCAAGCCAAGAGCUUGAUGGCCUUGAGACAAGUGCAACAAUCUGCGAGGAUGGUAUGAAGGUGGUUGAUUACCAGCCGCCAGCAUCCUUUGAGCCGAAACCGUCUCCGUCUCCGCCUCCUCCGCCAGCACCGAAACCGCUAGCAUCGCCACCAGCGUCGCCCAUACCUGCCAUGUUGCCAGGCUCAGUAGUGGGGUUAGUGCACUUGGACUUGAAGUGACCCAUCUCGUUGCAGUUGGAGCACUUCACGCGGCUAACUAUGGCACCUAUUUAGUAUGUGAACACUGGGGGAACCAGGGUGUACUUACUAUCACGGGGCUUCGGGCACUCCUUGCCGGUGUGACCGUACUCGUCACAGUUGCGGCACUGGACUUUGGCCAUGUUUCGGGGCUCGGGGCACUCGCGAGAAUUAUGACCCUCGCCGUCACAGUUGCGACAGAUC